GCCCCCCCCCAUUCUCUUCCCACCGUGGGACUCUUCAGGGCCGGUUUCAUGUCGUCAAUGACAGGUCUGUGAGGGCGUCGUUGUCGGGAAGUUUUUUUUCUCCUUUCUUUCGAAAGAGGGGGGAUUUGGACCAGCGGAGCGCCAUGGCAGUCGAGGCUCGGCCGGAUCUGGUCGGGAAGCGGUUCCUCUGCGUCGGCGGGGACGAGCCGCCCGAAAUCGGCGACAUCGGCCGGUGGCCGUGGCGGUCCGGUGUCAUACGAGCCGUCAACCAUCGCGACGGCGACAGCACCGACCUGACGGUAUACGUGGAGUUUGAUGAUCAGGAGUGGGAGAAGAGAGAGUGGGUAAAGGUCUAUGAGGAUUUCCAGCUGUUUCUACUGGAGCACCAGCUGGUCUGGGCCAAGAGGAAGGAGGGAGCAGGAGGAGGAGCUGGAGGAGGAGGAGCAGGAGGCCUGCUGCAGGCCACCAAGGCCAAGCACAUACAAUGGCCUGCCCUGGCAUUCAAGCCAGUGGUGGGGAAGAGCCUGUUGUCGUCGGUAACAGCAGUGGAAUUCUUGUUAGACCAACAGCUGGACUUCCUUUCGGAUCAUUCAACUUUCCAACCAUACCAGGAUGAGGUGGACAAUCAGAACCCAGUGUUAAGAGACAACCCUCAGCUCCAUGAAGAAGUGAAGGCCUGGCUGAAAGACCAGAAGGUGCAGGAAAUUUUCAUGCAAGGUCCCUAUUCUUUGAAUGGCUACCGUGUGCGUGUGUAUAGACAAGACUCAGCCACCCAAUGGUUCACUGGCAUCAUCACACACCACGACCUCUUCAGUCGAAACAUGGUCGUUAUGAAUGACCAGGUGCUAGAGCCUCAGAACGUGGAUCCAUCCAUGAUCCAGAUGACCUUUCUGGAUGACGUGGUCCACUCCCUGCUGAAAGGAGAAAACAUUGGCAUCACAUCCAGACGAAGGUCACGAUCCAGCAUGAACAACAACUCUGCCCAUAUGGCAGGAGGGAGACCCGGCGGGACCACUGGCAACACUCAGAGUCAUUACACGCGAGCCCAAGCCAACAGCCCCCGCCCUGUCAUGACCUCAUCAGGCCCCAACCCAAAGGUUUCACAGGGGACGUUAGCCUCCCAGCAGCACAGCCAAUCACAGCAAAGCCAGCAACCAGCCAGUCAAUCGCACCACUCACCUGGCGGUAGUGGACGGGAGCAGAGAGAGCAGCGCAACUCUCGCUCCUCCAGGAGGAAAGGAUCAGACAGCAGCGUUCCAGAGGAAGACAAGGACAGGAGAGAGGAAGCAACAGGCAGAGACUCCAAGUCCAAGGUGAAGCAAACGGUGAACAAACGUAGGAAGGGUGAGGAAGAUGAGAAGAAGGCAGGUUUAAAGAGGCUGAAGACUGACAUGGCAUCUGAUCUAUCAGAAAGUAGCGACUCCGAAAACCCGCACAACAAAAGGGCAGUCCACUCCUCGUGCUCCUCUUCCUCGUCAUCAUCCUCGUCAUCCUCCUCUUCCUCCUCCUCUUCCUCCUCAGAGCCCAACUCUGAGAACGAACUUAAGACUCGCAGCAGUGAUGUAAAACCAAGUGUCAUUUCCAAAAUGGAGGAGGACGAGAAGCCUCUAAUGCUGGGCACCAAAAUUAACAAUUCCUCGUCACUCAUCGGCCGCCUGUCCCCAUGGGUGGAGCUCCAAGCAACAGAGGAGAGUAAGAAGGGUGUGGUUAAAGAAACAGGGAAGAUUAUAAUGAAGGAGGUGGAGGAAUUGGUGGCGGUAACGCAAAUCACCCAGUCUCCACGGCAACAGUGUCUGAUGUCUGACACCAUCCAGGGCAGCAUCGUGGAGAGCAGCAAGAACACUGUGAAAGCGUCUCCUCGAUCCCAGACCCCGUCGUCGUCCCACCUCCAUGGCAGCGGCGUGAUCGACAUCACAGAUGACGCCCAGGCCACAGUGCACCGCGAGAGUUCAGAGGCAGUGUCAGCGCUGCUCGCCUCUCAGAAGGCUGAAUCCACAGCCCUCUCACCUUACCUCCCCCUCAACCCCUCCCCAGUCUCAUCACCUCCCAUUCCACCUUCUCCCUCACCGUCAGAAGGAGGCCGCAGGACGGACGUCGAGCCUCCCAUACAGCAGCAGCAGCAACAGCAAGGCAUUAUGGGAUGUGGCCUGACAGCAGCCAGGAGUUUAGGAAACAAAAUCGAGUUUGCUCCCUCAGAGGUCAUCAGGCCUGUCACAUCGAUGGCUGAUAGUCUGGUGCUGGUGGAGAAGGAGAAAACUAUCCUUUCUCAUCAUCAUCUUCAUCCUCAUCAACAGCAGCAGCAGCAGCAUACGCAACAACAGCAACACUACACAUCUAUCCAACCCGGGAUUAAGAGCCCAGCUUCAUCUGAAGAGACGAGAAAACAUCCACAGCAACAGCCACCCCCCCACAAGAUGAACACAGUCCCCCCCUCUGAUUUAGCAAAAUCCAAAAUGAGCCCCAGCCCAAACCCCAACACACCUCAGCUCGACUCUCUGAAACAGAAACCCCAGCACCCCAACAACUCUCAGAGCCACCCCUACCCCAACACAAACCCACCUGAACUUCUCAAAGCUAAGUCCCACCCAGGCCUCCUGGACAUCUCCAAACCUAAACCCACAACCUCUCCAGAGGUCUCUAAACAUAAAAUACCGAGGUACUCUGAUACCUCACCACCUCCGACAGGCCGUUUGUCUGCUAAAGUAGAAACAGUGGAACCUCUACGGUCUGUUUUCAAGCCGGUGCCGGCGCGGCACGAGUCGGGUGGAGUCAGCACAAGCAGCAGCACCAAGAGUCCUCUGAUCAUCGAUAAGAAUGAAACCUUCACCGUUUACAGGGACCCAGCACUGGUCCGCUCUGACGCAGAGAACUCUGCUGCUGCCACCGUCUCGUCCAACCACGUGGCAGCCUAUCUCCACCCCCACCUGCACACCCUGCACUCCCCAUCCCCCCACUCCCCCUGCCUCACCCCUGCAUCCCACCCCCAUGCCACCUCCCACCUCCUUGCCACCUCUCACACCUCUGGCCUACCUCAUCCACAUCUUUUACCCCCUGGGGUGCUCCAGGCCAUGCCUCCACCCACAGCAUCUCUCCUCGGGGGCCACCCUCGCCUGGACUCCUCGGGCGGGUUGGGUCACCUCGGUUUACCUCACCCGUCAGCAGCACACCAGCAGCAGUUCCUACAGAGUCAGGGCCCCCAUCCACCCACUCUACUAACUCAGGCCCACAGCGGGGCAGCAGGGCUGGGCCUCUACCCCAUUCUCUGGCAGUACCCUAAUGGAACACCAACCUCCUACCCCCCAGGACUCAACCUGCCUCCCACAGCCAAGUGGGGCCACCCUGAAAAUUCUGUCUCCGUAAAUUCCGAGGUCUCGCUCAGGAGGAACACAGCCAGUCCGUGGCUGCACCAGGCUGCUGGUAGCACUGGUGACGGUCUGGGUUUGCUGAGCCACGUUCCCGUUCGGCCAGCAAGCGCCGACGCCAACCGCAACCACGUCAAGAUCAACACACACACUACCCCUCCACCGUCAAAGGCCAGUGUGGAUGUUCAUAAAGAAGAUUUGGAUAAGAAAGGCUUUGUGGACCCAAUCAGGACUUUGACGUUUGCACAGCUGAAACAGGAGCACACGGACAGGAGUCACACCCCCACAGGGAAAGACGUCUACUUACACCGCCUCUACCUAGACCCCCUGAGCAAGGCUCGUCUGGCAAAUACACAGGAUGCUGUUCAGGCAGCAGACCGUGCCAGCAAGUACAAAGAGGAGAACAGGCAAAUCCUGAAAGAGAGCAUCGAGGUCGCUCCCUUCACCGCCAAGAUCCAGCGCUCCAGUGACCCCGGGAUGGACAGGGACAGAGAGAGGAGCCGAGAUUCCCCCUUUCCGGUCCGCAUACCAGCUCUCACCUCCCCCAGCCCCAAGGCCAGCCACGGCCAUCCUCAUGUCAUUCAAUCAGAAAAGAGUAACUACUUCACCACACUGUCCAACAGUGUGGUGAACGAGCCUCCAAGACUGUAUUCAUCCAAAGAGCUGAGCUCUUAUUAUGAGAAAGUAUCUGUUGGAGCUCCGGGAGUUGUAGCCAGUAUCGGGACUGCUGUACCUUGCCAGGGAGCUCUGUCCCUAGGCAGCCACAGCUCCAAAGGCUCCCUGUCCAAGCCCCCUCCUCUUAUUAAGCACCAGCCAGAGGGAGGAGAGGGUUUAGCAGGGAAAAUCACUGAGCAGCUCAGCCAGCAGGUAACACUGGUCCAACAACAACAUCAGCACCAUGCCAGUAUGGAGCGGUUUGAACGCCGCAGCCCAGCCAUUGCUCCUUCCUCCUCUUCUAAACCCUCCUCUUCAGCCCCCAACCACCACCACCAUCAUCACCACCAACAGCAGCAGCAGCAACACCAGCUCAGGGCAAUGCCAUCUCUCCACAGAGCACCCGUCUUCCAUCCCCCCACACAGCACGCGCUGGAUCGAAAGGAGGCUGCGGAGCGUGAGAAGGAGCGAGAGAAGGAAAGGGAGAAAGAGAGGGAGAGAGCCGGUUAUGGUGGGCGCCUGUCUCCACCAACCCUCACGCCCAUCCAGCCAGUUAGCUUAGUGGCAACUGGCAGCAAAACAUCAGCAGAGCAGCAGAAACCUCCCACCCUGCUGCCAGAACUCAGGGACGUCAAAGGUCAUGGAAACGCUGCCGCCAUCACCUCUGUGGCCUCUGCCAUGAGUGGGGAGAUUAUGACUCCAUCGACAGAUGGGUGGAGAGGUGUAGAAAUGAUUCAGGAAAGGGGAGGAGUGUACUCCGGAGAGAAAGGAGUCUCGAGGGGCAAGCCCCACGCUGCAAUGGCCUCAGUCAUUGUGCGGCCGUCGUCAUCCAUUAAGUACGAGAGUCCUGUUGGUGCUAACAAAUCUGGUGCUAUGAUCCACCAGGAUCUCCCCCAUGGGAGGUUUUACCCAUCCAAGCUUCAGGGGGAAUGUUCCAGGUUAGGGGAGAGUGUUAGAGAACCUGGAGCUGGCAGGGUAAUCAUGCCCAACUCGAAUAUGGAUGACAUGUGUGUCCAGUAUAAAAAGACUUCUGUGUGUGGCAUGCAGGGAACAAUGGGAGGCAGUACCACAAACUCUGUGUUCAGGACUGUUGUUUCAGCUUCAUCAAAUUUUUGCAUACAGAGUAAUUCUGGGACAGCCAUCCGUGAGCUAGGUUACUCAGUUUCACCUCGGGGCCAGAUAGCAGCCCAUAAAACUGGCCUUGGUGGCUGGAUGCUGGGACACUCAGGCCCAGCAGAGCACCAGGAGGGCUUUGGCUCACGUACCACAUCUCCAGGGGGGUCUUUGCCAUCCCCUAGUCCAGCAGGGACACCCCAACCCAGUCCAAGUCUCACCCCAAAACCUAGCUCCAUUUCUGGCUCCAGUCAGCAUUUGUCCUCCUCUUUUGUCCACCUCAAGAAGCACAAAGCUGCGUUAGCUGCAGCUCAGUCCAGGAGCAACUUCUCCACUGCUCCCACACCCAUCGCAACUGGAAACUCCUCCCUGUCUGUGGAUUCAGUUGACAAAGCUCCCAUUCACAGCUCCCCACCUCCACCUUCCUCAAGCCAAGCCUCAUCAUCAUCAGUUGACAGCGGUAACUGCAGCUCGGCGAGUGGCAGCACAACACCAGGCAAGUCAAGUCCACUGCCUAACAGCCAGUCCUCAGGAUCAGCCUCAACAAGCAGUGGUCAACCCAGUAACUACCACAAGCUAAAGAAAGCCUGGUUAACCCGCCACUCGGAGGAAGACAGAAAUACAACUGCAACAACUACGAUCACCAAUGCUAAACCUGAGAAACUGCCCAGCACUACCAUCAGCACAAGUAACACAAGUAACGCUGCCGCCAUGUCAGAAAUGAUCAAACCUUGUACGGUCAAUCUCAGCGCCUCCACCUCCAGUGAGGUGGAAAUGAGCAAGGACAGUGGAAGCAAAGGUGAGAGAGAGAGGCAGUUAGAGGACAAGAUGGGGGCAGCAGCAGUAGGAGGAGGUGGGGAGGAAAGGAAACCUUCAUCAAGGCGCGGUAGCAAACGGUCAUACGAGUCCGGUUCAGAGAGCGGAGGAGAUGACUCUGACACCAGCGAGAGCAAGAUGGAGGGCCGAGCCAAACGUCAGCCUAAACCAACUUACAAGAAGAAGCAGAAUGACAUGGCCAAGAAGAAAGGAGACAAUGAGAAGGAGGAAGAUGAUGUGAAGCCCAACGGCAUCUUCAGAUCGGCCCGGGAGAAGACCAAACUGAAACUGGCCAGCAGCAAUGGCAUCCCCCGCUCGGUGCUGAAGGACUGGAGGAAGGUGAAGAAGUUGAAGCAGACGGGGGAGUCUUUCCUGCAGGACGACUCGUGUUCAGAAAUUGGACCCAACCUGCAGAAGUGUCGGGAGUGUAGAGUGAUUCGCAGCAAGAAGGGGGAAGAGCAGGCACACUCUCCUGUCUUCUGUCGCUUCUACUAUUUCAGAAGGCUUUCCUUUAGUAAAAAUGGAGUCAUCCGGAUGGAUGGCUUCUCCACUCCGGACCAGUUCGAUGAGGAGGCCCUGGCCCUGUGGGCCCCUGGGGCAUUGGACGAGAGCCACCUGGACCAAACCACGGCCAAGUACAUCCUCAGCUUUAUUGGAGACAAGUUCUGCCAGAUAGUUGUGACUGAGAAUACAGCAGCUAGCUGGCUCAAGAAGGAAACCAAGCUGGCGUGGAAGCGAGCGGUGAGGGGGGUGAGGGAGAUGUGUGACGCCUGUGAGGCGACACUCUUCAACAUCCACUGGGUCUGUCAGAAAUGUGGCUUUGUUGUCUGCCUGGACUGCUACAAGGCCAAGGAGAGAAGGAGCUCCAAAGAUAAGGAACUAUAUGGCUGGCUGAAGUGUGUGAAAGGCCAACCCCAUGAUCACAAACACCUGAUGCCAACGCAGAUCAUACCUGGCACAGUGCUGACAGAGUUGGUGGCAUCCAUGCACUCGCUGAGAGACAAACACGACAUCAAAUCCCACUGUGCCUGCAUCAACAAACAGAGCUUCCUCACCAAACUACCAGCCAUCAAUGGAGUUUCACAGGUUCUGCAGAACGUCCUGAACCACAGUAACAAGCUGUCUCUGGUGAAGGCUGAGCCGGGCUCACAGCAGAAUUCUGAUCCAGGAGGAACCAAGGUAGAGACUAAUGGAGGAGGCAGUCCAGGCAGCGACACAGGGAGUGCUCCGGUCACCCCACCAGAGUCCCAGUCACCUCUGCACUUCCUGGCCGACCUGGCAGAACAGAAAUCCAGGGAGGAAAAGAAAGAAAACAAGGAGUCAGUGUUGCUGGGUAAGUCAGUGAAGGAGGAUAAGGAAGUAGAAAGCCUGGAAGUCCUGCAGCAGUGUAAAACCACCUCCCUGGUAUCUAACAACACGGAGCAGGGCUCCACACUCAGAGAUCUGCUCACCACCACAGCAGGGAAACUGAAGCUGGGCUCUACUGAUGCAGGAAUCGCCUUUGCACCAGUCUACUCUACAGCUUCACAGAUGGGAAAGAGUGGACGGACCAUGCCCAAUAUCCUUGAUGAUAUCAUUGCUUCAGUAGUGGAGAAUAAAAUCCCCGCCAGCCGCCAGAACAUCACCACUAAGCUGUCAAUCAAACAAGAGCCUGUUACUGCAGGAGGUGGUGGUAACAACAACAACACCCCUGCUGUAACUGAGGAUACCAAACCAGACAGGAAAAAGGCAGUGCCUGUUACUGCAACUGUGCCAGAGGAUUCAACCAGUCAGUAUCCAGACAUUCCCCACUCCUGGUUAAACAACAGGCAGUUACUGUGGCUCAAAGAUCACCGCAACCAGAACAACUGGAAGCUGUUCAGAGACUGCUGGAAACAGGGACAGCCUGUGCUGGUGUCUGGGAUCCAUAAGCGACUGAAUGCCAGUCUGUGGAAAGCUGACUCCUUCAACCAGGAGUUUGCAGACCAUCAAGGAGACCUCCUCAACUGUAAAGACCAGGUGGUGUCCAACUCCGGGAUCAAAGAGUUCUGGGAUGGAUUUGAGGACAUCACCAAGCGGCCCAAGUCCAAGGAUGGAGAACCAAUGGUCUACAGACUGAAGGACUGGCCGUCUGGAGAGGAGUUCAUGGCCCUCAUGCCCUCAAGAUAUGAUGACUUGAUGAAGAACCUGCCCCUGCCAGAGUACUCUGAUCCAGAGGGCAACCUCAACCUGGCCUCCCACUUGCCAUCUUUCUUCGUCAGGCCAGAUCUGGGGCCGAGACUCUGUUGUGCUUACGGUGUAGCUGCAUCUCAGGACCAGGACUUUGGGACAGCCAACGUCCAUGUGGAAGUGUCGGAUGUUGUGUCUGUUCUGGUCUAUGUAGGAGUAGCUAAAGGCAAUGGAGUACUGUCCAAAACUGGAGUGUUGAAGCGUUUGGAAGAGGAGGAUCUAGACGAGGGCGUUCGGAGGAGGCUCAAAGACUCCAGUGAGACACCGGGGGCACUGUGGCACAUCUACCUCAACAGGGACAUGGACGAAGUCCGAGAGUUCCUGCACAAGCUCUGUAAGGAGCAGGGAUUGGACGUGUCCCUGGACCAGGACCCAAUCAGAGAGCAGAGCUGGUAUCUGAGCAGGAAGCAGCGUCAGCGGCUGCUGGAUGAGCAUGGAGUUCAGGGUUGGACUGUAGUUCAAUUCCUGGGAGACUCUGUCCUCAUACCAGCAGGGGCUAUGCACCAGGUCCAGAACCUUCACAGUUGUGUUCAGGUCAUCAAUGACUUUGUGUCUCCCGAGCACGUGGCCAACUCUUUCAAUCUGACCCAGGAGCUGCGGCCUAGUAAAGAGGAGGUCAACUAUGAGGAUAAACUACAGGUGAAGAACAUCCUGUACCACUGUGUGAAGGAGGCGGUGAGCUCGCUGAAGCGGAGCCGCUCUGAGGAUGACGAUGAGGAGGAAAACUCAUGACACCCCCUGGGCCUGGUCCUCGCCUUCAAGAGAGGGACGUGACUCCCAUCAUCACCCCCCCCCCCCCCCUCCAUUACGCCCUCCACCUCCACAUGGAGGACUGUGUCCACGAGAGGUGGUUGGGCCGGAGCCAGCGUUGGGACCCAGGGGACCUCACAGUGUGAGCUCCACCUUCCUCACACAGCCAGGUGGCUGGUGAGAGGCCCACACCCACCUCCGUCAUCAUCAGCCCAAACCUUGAGUGCCAAGAGGAGAGGAGGAGAGGCCCCUGGAGCGACGGGGGUCAAGCAUCCUCUGUCACCUCAGUGUUUCACACUCUGAACACAGGCAGGACAGAGGAACUGUGGGGAAGAGGGGGGGUCUCGUUGAAGCCACUACGCUGGAGUCAAACAGCACCACAAACCUCAACUGUAUCAUAACCGAAACUGUUUGCUGUGACUGAUGGUGCAUCCUGCUAAAAUCCGGUUUCCAGGGAGACCCAGUCUGUCCUGUGUGCAGCAGUGAUGAUGGAGACUGAGAGACACACUGAGCCCCUUGCUCUCUCUGUCUCUAAUCUGCUGUGGAUCAGGACAGCCGGGAGGUUUAAUCCCUGUCUGUAGCUGCCCACACUAUGUCUUGGGACAGAAGAUUUCACUGAUCACAACAGAAUCACCAGCAGCAUCAGGAUCAAAACUGUCAUGAUGUUUAAAAAAAAAAAAAUCAAGGAAAAAAAAAUAGGAUCUGAGGGGGAAAAAUGCUAAACAUAAAUCUCAGAUGAUUCAGUCUGCAGUCUCUGCUGCUCCCUCUUUUCUUGUCCCUUCUGUAACUCGUCUGUUCUUGUCCUUUUUCUAGUUAUGUCUGUCUGUUCCUGUUUUGUCUUCACUUUCUUUUUCAUACCUUCAUGACUUUAUUUCCUCUGUGAAGAUGUAUUUAUUUUAUAGCUCUGUGAUGAUGCAGUGUUAUUGAGACAAAAAGCAUUAAUGUAAAUGUGACCUGUACAGUUUCUUUUUUCUUUUGAUAUGUGGUUUUCAGUUGUAAUACGGCUCUACUGUGAUGGAGGACACACACACACACACACACACACACACACACACACACCCACACACACACAGAGGCACACACAGAGGCACACACACAAACACUCACACCAGCUAAUGCCUGUAACUUUGGGAAAUGUUGAUGCUCUACAGUCCUCAUGCCAUAAGUACAUUUUUGAAAAUGAACUGCCAAACUAUUGUAAAGACAGUGUAAAGUUGUAUUAUGUAAAGAAAAAAACAAAAAUGGCUUAUACACAGCAUUUUAUGAAAAGUAUUCUCUGUAAAAUGGAGACAUUUACAAAAAAGAUGUAAUUUAUUUAAGAAGAUAAUUGUCUUGUUUUUUUGUUUUGUUGAGAUUUACUAUGGUGAACCUUUGAAGUAAAAGAUGAAAUAAUGAAAACUUAACUGUAAUGUGUAAAUAUAUACUUUCACUGAAGUAUUUUUUUAAAACAUGGCUUGCUUCAAUUUCAAAAUUUUAAAGUGCAAGUGUUACAUGCUUUGUACAUUGAAGUUCAAAAGGGUUUUACAUUUUCCAUUAAAAUGGAUUUAUCAAAC